AUGCCCAUGUGCUCAAUAUCCAAAUGUCAUGGGUCUUAUAAAGAUAUCGGCGUAACUUUACAUAGGCAUUUUGUACAAGAAUGCUUUUACAAAGUAGGUUCUAAAAUGCUGCUUAAAAAAACAUCAGUCCCUACAGUAUUUCCAAAGCUUUUAUCAAAUGAUCAAGCAGAUACUCUAUCUGAAAUGCAAUCACCAAUAAUGAUGGAAAAAAAAUCAACUGAUGAACCAACUGGUAUUGAUGCAUUGACACCUAGAAGCUUGAAAAGGAAAGCUAAAAAAUUAAAUAUAUCAUUAAAAACUACCAGAAAAGUUCUAUAUAACUACAACAAAAAAAUUCAAAGAUUAAAAGUCAAACUUGAUGUAUAUAAAAAUGAAAUUAAGAUGUUGAAGAAAUACAAUGAUGAACUUACCUCAACAUUACUUUCAUAUUCAGAUAUUCCAACAAAACUUUUCAUGAAACCGAACAAAACCUAUACUGAAGAACAAAAGCGUUUUGCAUUGACAUUACAUUUGUACGGGGGAAAAAGCUACCAGUUUUUGAAAUGUAAAGGAUUACAUCUGCCACAUAAACGUACAUUAGCACGGUGGUUAGAAUCUGUAGAUGGAGGACCAGGCCUCAAUCGUUCUAUGUUGAAUUUCCUGAAGAAAAAACACGAAAGAGAUGCAAAACAAUUUACACACUGUUCUUUGAUGAUAGAUAGUAUGUCAAUUCGGGAACAACUGAUAUAUUUAAAACAUAAAGGUGUCUAUUCCAGUUAUGAACAUUUUGGUGGAGACUACACAUCCAAUGAAUUGGCAACACAGGCCCUGGUUUUAAUGAUAGUUGGUACGUCAGGUUCAUGGAUGUUUCCCCUUGCUUACUUUUUGUUCAAAAGCAUGUCAGCAACUACGCAACAAGUUCUUGUAUUGAACGCACUUGAAGCUUUGGAAGAGAUCGGAUUGAAAGUUAAAUUAGUGGCUCACAUAUUGAGUAAUUCGGUGGCCAAAGCCUUAAGAUGUUUAAGUAACUGUGAAGAAUUUAGAGAUUGUGGAGCAACUGUGCAGUUCCUUGAAAAAAUGGAUAUAUUGUUUGAUAUAAUGAAUAGGAGAAGCAAUGAUAAUCCAAAUGUCCAGCAACUGGAAUCUAUUUUCAAAAAAGUGUACUAUAGAUGUGGUAUUGUCCCUGGAAAAACAGGGAAUGUACAGGAACAAAUGAUUGUUGAAUCAGAAUUUAAAGUUCCAGAGGAUCAUUUUAAAGAUAUUUUUGAAGAGACGUAUUUAGAUUCACAAAUAAUGACAUCUAAUACCAUGUCCACUGUCAUUGAAAAUCCAUCUAACACCAUGUCCACUAUCAUCGACAGUGCAGUAGCGUAUAUUGCUGGAUGGGUUGUUAGAAAAGUUGCCAAAACAAUCGAUUGUAACAAGUGUAGAUUUGCACUUAUUGAUAUAAAAGGACAAGCUACCAUGUUACACCAUCAGCUUUUGAUACUAAAAGACAAUGGUGGUCUAGUUUUCCCAUCCUGUGGUGUUGUUCAGGUCAGAAAAUAA